AUGAACUUCCAGGAGUGGAAUCUAAAGGUGCCAUGGGGUAAUCUUGCACUUCUAUCAUAUGGCAACCCCAGUGGAGAUCCAGUAUUGGUGGUCCACGGUCGACUGGACAGUGCGGCAACAUUCAUACCUCUAUUAAAAUUGCUUCCAACCAAUUAUCACUAUGUCCUGUUUGACAUGCCAGGACACGGGAGGUCAGAUCCGUUUUGGAAAGGCCAGUUGCCUAACCGUUUCUUAGGGGUUCCUGUGAUCGAACUCGUGGUAAAACACUUGCGAUGGAAAGAAUUCAUCUAUAUCGGACAUUCCCUUGGCGCAGAGCAAGGUCUAUUCUACGCAGCAAUGUACCCGAAACAAAUAAAGAAAGCCAUUUACUUUGACAUCGGGCCGUCGGUCAUAUAUUGCUGUCCGCAGCACUUUCGUAACCACUUCCAGGCGACGUACGAGGCGUAUUACGACAACUAUCGAAAGUACGACAGCGAGCGAACGAUGACAGAGGGGGAGGCGAGACAGUCUGUCACAAACGCUCGGCAAUUGAGCGACGAAGAUGCAGAUAUUGUUCUGUCGAGGAAUUUGGUGGAGGUCAGCCCGGGUUCUUAUAAAUUAACUUGGGACAGGCGUUUCAAAAUACUGCCCGGCUUCAACUCGCUCCACUCCGAUUUCUACCACGACCUGUUCACGAUGCACCCGACGCCAGCAUUGUUUAUCUGUGCUAAAGACAUGAGGGCCUUCUACCAGCCGUCAGGUCUGGCUGUCAAAGUCAUGUCAACUUUGACAGCGCGCGCAAACGUCAAAGUCAUUUGGGUGGACGGCGGCCAUGAUGUACAUUUGACGAAUCCGGAGCGUUUUGCCAGCGAGCUAGUACAAUUUUUAGAGAGCGAUGUAGCUAGAUCUAAAUUGUAG